AAAUAUAUACACAUAGAGACGCACUUAUAUGAAUUUAAACACAUCCCUUUCGGGAAGAGGAGGAGUGGCCGCCGCUUAUCUGAUCUUACGCGCAAAAUAUUUUUUUCCCCUAAAAGAAGACAAAACGAUAUGCUUUUCGAGGAAGAAGAAGAAGACUCAAUGGUAAUGGAUGAAUUAAUACGUAUAAUUUUUGACGGGGCCCGCAUCCAUUAAAUAAGUUUAAAGGAUUCCAUCACUUUAAAGCAUCUUCCCCACUAAGUCAGGCAAGUCACAAUUCAUCAAAGAGGACACUACUGCUAUUGUUACCUCAUCUUCUUCCUUCUUCUCAUGCAUCAGAUCAUCCCUGUAUACCUUCCAAGAACUUGACUUCUGAAGUAUCACAAUGGCACUCGAUGAUCAAGAAGUUGGAUAUUCUUCAAGCUAUUGCCGUUCAAAUAGAAGACACAAGUAUGAUGUGUUUUUAAGUUUUCGAGGAGAAGACACCCGUAAGAAUUUUACAGACCACUUAUAUGCUGCUUUCUGUCACAAUGGACUGAUAACCUUUAGAGAUGAGGAAGAACUUGGGAGGGGAGAAAUUAUCAAACCAAGUUUGCUUCAAGCAAUUGAAGAAUCUUUGUCAGCAAUUAUUAUUCUCUCUGAAAACUAUGCUGCAUCCACAUGGUGCUUAGAUGAACUCCUAAAGAUCCUUCAUUGUAAGAAAGAGUUAGGCCUUCAUAUAUUUCCAAUCUUUUAUGGCAUAGAUCCGUCUGAUGUUCGGCAUCAGAAAGGAAGUUUUGCAAAAGCCUUUGAAAAGCUUGAACAGAAAUUUGCACAUGACAAAGUGAAGGUGCAAAGAUGGAGGGAUGCCUUGAGAGAAGUUGCUGACUUGGCUGGAUGGAGCUCUGAAAAUUGGUAUGAAACGAAACUCAUUGAAAUAGUUACUGAAAAUGUGAGGUCAAGAAUAGUUGAUCACCCACAAUUCGAUUCAAAUGAUGAAGGUGUUGAUGAUGGACUUGUUGGAAUUGAUGAGAAAAUAGCAGAUUUUGAUUCAUUUCUAGCGAAUAAAUCGGAGGAAGUUCAAUUUGUAGGAAUAUGGGGAAUGGGAGGGUUAGGCAAAACUACUCUUGCUAGAAUUUUUAUGAGAGAAUACACAGAAACUAUGAAGUUCAUUUAUUUCUUCAUAAUGUUAGAGAGGAAUCUGUAA